AUGUCCGCCCCGAACGAGGGCGGACGAUGUCGUUUCAAUUACGUCGUCACGGCGCAUAAACCGACGGUGGUGACGCACAGCGCGGUGGGAAGAUUCACGUCGAGCGAGGAGACGGAUUUGAUCGUCGCCAAGUGCACGCGAUUGGAAAUUUAUCGAUUGUCCUCGAGCGGGUUGCGACCAAUCAUGGACGUGCCGAUUUACGGACGAGUUGCGACGAUGUCGCUGUGCGGAGGACGAGAGCGCGGGAGCAAGGGACGGUUGUUCAUCACCACAGAGCGGUACGGUUUUACCGCGCUGUCGUACGACGAGGAAUCAGAGGAACUGAAGACGGAGGCAUUUGGGGACGUUCGGGAUAACAUUGGGCGACCGGCGGAGAACGGACAGAUUGGAAUCGUAGACGAAGAUUGCAGAUCGAUCGGAUUGCAGCUCUACGAUGGGCUGUUCAAGGUGAUUCCGUGCGACGAAAAGGGCAAGGUGAAGGAGGCGUUUAACAUUCGGUUGGAGGAGCUACGCGUUGAGGACAUACAGUUCUUACACGGCACUGCUAAGCCGACGAUCGCGGUGCUUUACAGAGACAUGAAAGAGGCGGUUCACAUCAAAACAUACGAGAUCGGCGUCCGGGAGAAGGAGUUUGUAUCGUCGCCGUGGGCACAAAAUGACUUGGAGGGCGGCUCGAGUAAAAUAAUCCCGGUGCCGGCGCCGGUAGGAGGCGUCGUCGUCCUCGGAGAGGAGACCAUCGUGUACUUGAACAAGACGAGCGACGACACGGAUGUCUUCUUGAAGGCGAUCAACAUCCCUGAGCGUUCGAGCAUCGUGUGCUAUGGCGCGAUCGAUCCGGAUGGCUCAAGGUACUUGCUGGGCGACCACGAUGGAACCUUGUACUUACUCGUCCUCGUCCAUGAUGGGAAACGCGUGAACGAGCUGAAAAUCGAACGACUCGGGGAAACGUCAAUCCCAAGCACGGUCAGUUACCUCGAUAACGGCGUCGUGUUCGUGGGUAGUGCGUACGGGGACUCGCAGCUCAUCAAGCUGCACUCGGAAAAGACAAACGUCGACAAAGACGGAAACUUGUCUUACAUCCAAAUUUUGGAAGAGUUCACUAAUCUCGGUCCCAUUGUAGACUUCGCAUUUGUUGAUCUCGAGCGACACGGGCAAGGACAGGUCGUGACCUGCAGCGGAGCGUACAAGGACGGCAGUUUACGCGUUGUGAGAAAUGGCAUAGGCAUUGACGAGCAGGCAGUGAUCCAGCUUCCCGGCGUGAAAGGGUUGUUCUCGCUUCGGGAUGACGAUGAAAGUCAGGUAGACAAGUACUUGGUCGUCACGUUUAUUAACGAGACGCGCAUUUUAGGUUUUGUUGGCGAUGAAGGGGACACUUUGGACGAGACGGAGAUCUCAGGAUUCAACGCUGAGGCGCAAACGUUGUGUUGUGGAAACAUGCUCGGUAACAUGUUUGUGCAGGUCACGCACGCAGGUGCGCGCCUAGUAUCUUGCGAUGGAAAACUACUCGAUGAAUGGAAACCAGCGGGAGGUUCAGAGAUUCUGUCAGCCAAGUGCAACCCGACGCAGAUUCUCAUCGCAGAGUCGGGCGGUAAGCUGCACUGUUUGAGCGCUAUGAAGGGAAAGCUCGCGCUCGUGGCGAGCGCGACGUUUGAAGACGAGAUCGCGUGUUUAGAUUGUACUCCGAUGGGCGAAGCGACGAGCUCGCCCGUUUGCGCUGUCGGUCUGUGGUCAAUGGAAAUUGUCCUUGCCUCGAUGAGCGACUUGAGCGUCAUCAAGAGAGAGAGCACCGGGGAGGACAUCAUUCCUCGCUCAACGCUUUUGUGUUCAUUUGAGAGCAUCCCGUACCUCUUGGUCGGUCUUGGUGACGGCCAACUGAUCACUUACCUCCUGGAUGAGAAGAGUGGCGAGCUGUCUGUGCGGAAAAAGUUGAGCCUCGGCACGAAGCCCAUCACUCUGCAGACGUUCAAGAGUCACGCGACGAAUGUUCACAGCGUUUUCGCGGCGUCGGACAGACCGACGGUGAUCUUUAGCAACAACAAAAAGCUGAUAUACUCGAACGUCAACGUUCAAGAGGUCUUGCACGUCUGUCCGUUCAGUAGUGCAGCCUUCCCGGACGCGCUCGCGUUGGCAGGCGAGGAAGACUUGACCAUCGGUGGCAUUGAUGACAUUCAAAAGUUGCACAUUCGUACCAUCCCGCUCGGAGGCCAACCGCGAAGAAUCGCGCAUCAGCCCGAGACGAACACGUUUGCCGUCGUCGUCGAGCACCUGUGGUCGAAGAGUAGUCAAGAUUGCUUCGUCAGGCUCGUAGACGACGGAUCGUUUGAAACGUUGAGCCAGUUCCAACUUGAAGAUCAGGAAUUGACGAGUUCGUUGACGUCUUGCACGUUCGCUGGAGAUUCGACGACGUAUUACGUCGUCGGUACCGGGAUCGCGUUAGAGACGGAGGACGAACCGUCGCGCGGGCGCAUUCUUGUCUUCAAGGUUGACGACGACCAGCUCGUGCUCGUGUCGGAGAAGGAGGUACGAGGAGCAGUGUAUAAUUUGAACGCCUUCAAAGGCAAACUCCUCGCUGGUAUCAACUCCAAGCUAGAACUGUUCAAGUGGACGCCGCGAGAGGAUGAAGUGCACGAACUAGUAAGCGAGUGUUCACAUCACGGGCAAAUCGUCACGUUUGCGGUGAAGACGAGAGGCGAUUGGAUCCUCGUCGGUGACUUGAUGAAAUCGAUGUCGCUGUUGCUUUACAAACCUGAAGAGGGCGCGAUCGAUGAAGUGGCAAGGGACUUUAACGCGAAUUGGAUGACAGCGGUGGCGAUGUUAGAUGACGACGAAACGUAUCUCGGCGCCGAGAACAGCCUGAACCUCUUCACCGUUUCCCGCAACGUGAACGCCGUGACGGAUGAGGAGCGAAGUCGUCUGGAGAUCACGGGGGAAUAUCACUUAGGUGAACUCGUGAACGCCUUCGCUCCGGGAUCACUGGUGAUGAGUUUACGAGACGGUGAGUCCCUGAGCGUCCCGACGCUGUUAUUCGGAACGGCAAACGGCGUCAUCGGCGUCUUGGCCAGUCUUCCGAAGGACGUCUACGAAUUCACCGAGCGCCUGCAGGCGUCGAUCAACAAACACAUUCAGGGCGUAGGUGGGCUCAAACACGCCGAUUGGCGCUCCUUCGUCCACACCUUGCGCGGCCGAAGCGACCCGGCGAUGAACUUCGUCGACGGAGACCUCGUGGAGUCCUUUUUAGACCUUCGUCCCGAGCAGGCGGACGCCAUCGCGGCCGACAUGAAGCUCGAUCGCACCGACAUCAUCAGCCGCGUCGAGGAGCUCCAACGCUUGACCCACUGA